ACCACCAAGCACUUUGAGUCAUAAAGCUAAUUCAGAUCAAGUUAUGCAUUCAAGUGCUAAACACAAAACUGUGGCUGCACAAAUUCACCCAAAUUCUUCCAGCUCUGAGCCGGCUCUUCACAUGUCUACGCCCUCCCUACACACAGCGAACACAUCCAAACUGCUCAAUUCAGGAACCCAGCUCUCCACCAGUACAACUCCCAGCACUUCGCUUACAUGUAACGGCACUCUGUACAGACACACGGCCCUCAGGAACGCCCCGCUGAAAAAGUCUGCUUCCACAUCGAGUUCGCUGCCGUCUGCUGAGGUAGAAAAGCUAAAUAAUGUCUGCGUAUCAAGUGCAACUUUGCUUCAAUCAGCCGACGCAACACGAGCGCUUAGCUGUAAUGAAGCCCCCGACACGAGCAAACCUCAUCACACACGAGCAGAAAACAUCAGAACUCAGACCGGUAAUGAGUCUGGUGUCUGCGGUGUUGUUCCCAAUCAGGAGAGCAACUCCGGAACCCCUCCGCUCGCAUUAUCUGAGCCACGAAAUGUGUCGGAAAAGCAUAACAGAGGCGGCGAUGCUCGCGCCGACAAGAGCAAGCCAACUAGUAAUUCCGGAGAAGAAAUGUAUUCUGAUCAAACCAAAUUCAGUGAAAAUCUAAUCAAUGAGUUAGUAGUACAUGAGUCAAAAGAGCAUGGAAAUUCAAAUCCAUCACAGGUCACCAACCUUCAGAAUUACAUUUCCCUAAUUAAGUCAAGCGGCUCUUGUCUGCAGGGUUGCAUAAACACAAAACAACAAAGGCUUGCACAUUAUCAAGGAUACACAGGGACAGACCACGCGGGGCACUGUACAACAUGCCCACCAGUCAAAACAGCCCGGCAGAUGGAUUCAAAUACAGGGAAAUUUGCCUUGAGUUUGUCAGCCAGGCAUGCAAAUAUUCAGCUUAAAUCCAGUGCAGAUCAACAGACACGUCCCAAUCAGACAGCACCCCGUGCUUCAGCGCAAACCAACUGUGAACCUGUUAUCUCAAAGACAAACGCUCAUGUUAAGCCUGCUAAAUCUGUACACCGGACCUCCGAGUUCAAUAUUUCACUACUAAAGCAAGCACACUCCAGUCCAGACCUUUCUUUCACCGCAUCAGCCCAGAAGACCAGCGAGGGCGAGCUCUGCCCGCAAACAGGGCCUGAAUGUAAUUCCACGCUGCCAUCAUCGGCAUCGCAUCCACGCCUCCAGUCCGGCGAGGCGCAGGCAAUCAUCAGCCCGGAUUCAAAGUACAGCCCUGCUCCCCCUCAGCCGUGCCCAGAGGACACCAGCCUGGCUCACUCCCAUCCGGCUGAUGCAGCUCUGUUGUUGCCGCCUUCCCCACAGUGCUGCAAAUCUGCAGCCCUGCAGCAGAGGCUCGAGACUGUGGAGGCCAGCCUGGCCGCCAACAAAGACAGGAUCACCACGCUGCUCAACAUUAUCCAUGACCUGGAGAUGUGCCACAGUCCCACCAGCAGUCGGCGAUGCUUCAAAACCGGACAGGACCUGAAGAACUGCUCAACGUGCCAGAAGACUGCUUGUAUUGUGUACAGUGUGGAGUACGACUUCAGGCAGCAGGAAAGACGCUUCCUGGAGGUCCUGAACUGCCCUGACAGAGGGGGCGACACUUUCUCCGGGCCGCUGCCGCAGCCCCGAAACUUCAACCUGCUCACAAGGGGCAUCGCGAAGAACUUGUCAAAGACAAAGCUGAAGAGUAAAAAACUGUGCAAGACUCUGAUGAAAUGGCUUCCGAGGAAAAUUCAGCGAGUGUAGACCCCCGAACAAUACCCGUGUGCUGUUAAAUAGCCUUUAGCCGGUGUUACAAGUAACCAGCAGAAGCCUUUUGCAGAGGAUUUUUACUAUUCCCUCCGUACCCAUAGAGCGAGAUUACUGUGAAUUAGGCUCUCACCCUGUAGAGUUCCACUCUCCUGCACACUGUCAAAGCUUAGACGAAGGAUUUUGUACGAGAAUUCGCCCCUGAUCUCUGUGACCUUCAAUAAGAAUCAUUUCACUUUGGGGAGGUAAUGCUGUUUUCCUGGCAAUACGCCUGCUUGGCUGAGUGCAAGCAUACGUUUCUAUAUCUAAUUUUAUAUGAGAUGGUGUUCCCUUUGCACUGUUAUGAUUAAUGCAGCUGAUUUCCCUCUUUUGUUGUCCCCUCACCUGCUUCCCCCGACAAUAAAUGUUCAGUAUAUAACAAGGCUCAAUAUACAGACUGUUGGUUUGUCUGUGAAGGUUUCCAUUUCUCCGCAGCAUUGUUUACAGGAGCAGGUAAUUGCUUA